GAAGCAGCAGCUUAGCUCGCGCUUGAGUGUGAUCCACGAGCCGUGCUCAUGCACUGUAUUUUUCGGGUUGUUGCGUGACGAGGUGUCUGGCCGUGGAGCGCAAAGCGAAAGACUACAAAAUGCAUAUGAGGCUUAACAAAUUCAGAGAGCCACUAAUCAAGGAAAUGUUCGAGCAAAGCACUGUUACACACCCACCAAGACUGGAGACCGCUUUGACUGGGCGGCGAGGGACAGAGCUGAGUAGCUAGGAGCUCUGCACUAUGACUGAAUUUGGGAGUUUUGUAAUGAAUACCGUUGUUUUAUUAUUGUAUUGCAUUUUAUUUACAGUUUUUGACAGGUAUUUUGUUUGUUUUGUUGAUUAUGAGGCAUGUCAGAGCUAGUGUUUGUUUCCUUUUUCAGACUGAAUACAAAUUAAUUUUGCACAAAAUAUUUUUAGAUAAUACUUUUAAAAUGACAGUCUUCUCAUCGUUUACUCACCGUCAAGUCAUUACCAAGCUGUACGAUGCACUUCUCUGGAAAACAAAGUAAUAUACGUCGUCCAUUUAAUGAAAGUCAGUGGUGUCCAAAGUUGUUUUUCCACAGGAAAAAAAAGUGACAUUUAUAUUUGUGUGUGUUUUUUCCUGGAAGUUGUGAUACUUUUGUGUGUUACAAACCAGAAUGGAGCCAGUUGGGUGUAGAGAGGUCAAAAUAACCAUGUGACGUUUUACACCACAUUUAUCAUAAUAGCAUCAGCAAAAAAAAAAAAAAAAAGAAUUCCAUUUCAGAGGCAGAAGUUGUUAUUUCAUUUUGAAUUGAGAUUACAGACUGCACUGAUACAUUUGUAUGCAACAAGACCAGGAACUUGCGUUAAAUCAAUUUUAUAUUCAUGCUGACUUUAUUUUAAUAUUUUUUAUUUUAGCAUUCAGAGUUGUCUUACCCAAAUGAGACUAGAUACCAUAUUUCAUUAUGAAUCAUGUCUUUCUUUCUCAGGAGUUUGCCAUCAUGACAGAGGGACACACAGCGAAGUAGGUUUCAGUGGACAGAUGGAAGGCAUCCAUCAUCUGCACAAUUGUGGGAAUGUGUCCUACAAAAUCUCAGGAAGUUCCUGCUGUAAUGGUAAUAUAUCGCCAGGAUUAAGCCAGCUGGUGGCUGACUGCUGUGGUUCUGUAGCUUACAAUCCACUUAAUGAGAUUUGCUGUGAUAGCAGGGUUCUGACUCAAAGCAGCACUCAUGUGAAAUGCUGUGGCAAAGACAUGUACCUGACAACGACUCAUAUGUGUUGCGGUGGUAACAGAAUAUUUAAACGGAAGGAAAAUCUUUCUUGUUGUGGCACUGAAACAUUUGACAAGACAACCCACUGCUGCUGUGCUAACCCUGCACUAGUAGUAAUGCCUAAACAUGAAACUUGCUGUCAGAAAGCAACAGAUGAAAUGAAAGAAUCCCAGCAAGGCUUUCCUCCCACUCUCACACUCCCCAAAAACUCAGAACCGAAGUGUCGAACAAUACCAUUCAAUCCCCAGGAAAAAAUAUGUUGCUCAGGGAAUCUGUAUAAGGCAUCAGCACUUACUAAGUGCUGUGGUGAAGAUGUUUACACUCUGUCAGAUGACAGUGUGCUGUGCUGUAAUGGAGUUCUUCAUCGCAAUGUGCCUGAGCAGUCGGAGUGUGUUGGAGGUGUUAUAUAUACUCCAGCAAACACUACUUGCCAAAUGUCGACCCGUCCACGUCUUGGCGAGCACUGCUGUGGAGGACAAACCUUCAAUCCUCGUACACACAUUUGCUGUAACGGCCACAGCCACAACAAGAUGAAUGGCAAUUUCUGUUGUGGUUCAGAAGUCUAUGACCACCACAACCAGUUCCUGAGAUGCUGCUCAGGUCACCUCUACAACCUAACCAAGUUACGUGGAAAAGCAGAGUGCUGUGGAAACCUAUUGCUGCAAUAUAAUAACAAUCAAACUUGCUGUUCCUCCUCAACCAAUUCCAUAAUUUAUCAGACCAAACCAAAGCACCGUUGCUGUGGGCUUUACUACUACAACACAUCCCUGUGGAGCUGCUGUGCUGAACAUCUCAAACCAACACCAAAGCCUAACAGCUCUCCAGCAGAAUACAGAAUUAAACCACUAAUGGACCUGAUCCCUGAAAUGUGCAAUAAGACAGUGUUCUUUGGCAAAGUGGAGAGUGUGGCACUUGCAAAUUAUCAGCGUCACGUUGUGUUGAAAGUUGUUGGGCAGGUCAGUGUAAAAUCAGAAAAGGUCAUCAAAGACCCUUGGCUUCAUGUGUCCUUGGAUCACUGCAGCUCUCCUGCCACAGACAACGGCAUGACCUACCUUUGGGAGGAAAACCACAAUGGGAAGUACAAGCUUCUCUCUCACCCUGUUGACCUAACAUCUGACAUUUACAUGUUCUAUUCUGUAUGUUACCAAAAGAAGAGAUAGACUGAUGGAUUGAGGUCUGUUUCCAAAGCAUGCUGUUUUUUACAAGAUUUCUGUACUGAAGAUAAUUUUUUUAUCCAAAUACUAUUUUAUCAUUAAUGCUAAAUGACUCUGGUAUGUGAAAGGCCGCUAUAUAUGAAAGCUAAGAACUUUUGUCCCCUUAAGUUGUUGAAUUCUCUACUGUGAGCAGCACUAUGCAGAGGCAUCACAUAUUGUGAAUCUGUGAAUUUUGCCUCAUUGGUUAAUUUUAUUUCAACCUAAUAAUGGAUUAACCCUGUAUACUGUGUGCAAAAGUCUCUUAUUCUCCCAAUAAUGAGAAUUUGCUCCUAAUUUACUCAACUUUAGUCUAUAUAAGUUGUAGGUGACUUUUUGGUGAGUAGAAGAUUUUUAGCUGAUACCAUGGUUUUUGGUGAUUCGUCAAAUGCAAGUCAGCAGCUGCCCGUUUUAGAA